UGUAGUCGGGGAUUACUUCCUGUGGUGUCUCCUGCUUCACUUCGUUGAAAAUGCCGGAUCCAGCAAAAUCUGCUCCUGCUCCUAAGAAGGGCUCUAAAAAGGCUGUUACGAAAGUACAGAAGAAGGACGGCAAGAAGCGCAAGCGCAGCCGGAAGGAAAGCUAUUCCGUUUACGUGUACAAGGUGCUGAAGCAGGUCCACCCGGACACCGGCAUCUCGUCCAAGGCCAUGGGCAUUAUGAACUCGUUUGUCAACGACAUUUUCGAGCGCAUCGCCGGUGAAGCGUCCCGCUUGGCGCAUUACAACAAGCGCUCCACCAUCACGUCCCGCGAGAUCCAGACGGCCGUGCGCCUGCUGCUGCCGGGGGAGCUGGCCAAGCACGCCGUGUCCGAGGGCACCAAGGCGGUCACCAAGUACACCAGCUCUAACAUUUUCCAGGUGAAGUUCCUAUUCUUGUCUCACCUAUUCAGGAGCCAAAGUUUUCCCAAGAAUACAAGGAAGACUUUUUCUUUUUCAAAUUACAGUCCAACAGGCAAAUAGGUGGUUCUACUAAAAAGAGGUUUAAGAAGCUAAAGAGUAUCUCACUGUUAACCAAUGCAAGGACUUUGCUUUGGAUGGCCAAAGCUAGAAACAGCAAAGUAGAAGAACUAUUAGAGCUUGAGCAGUUCCUUAUAUUUUUCCUUGGAGAAUCCAAACCUGAAUGCUGGUCCACUGUCCCAAGAAUGGUUAAGAGGUAAUACAGCUUGAGAUUGAUUGAAUAUUUAGAGAAAGAAAAAGAGAUGUCUAGGGACUGGAGCAGCACCAGGCACCAAGAGGAAAGAAUACUGUGGCAAGAAAUGAAGGAUGCAGAUGAGUGAAGUGAAGGAGCAAAUUAUCUCAGUUGCUUCACAUGAUUAAAGGCAAUAAUUAUAAAUUAACUGGAAGUAGGUGAAAAUCCAUAUCAUUCCUUUGAUAUUAGUGGUUUUAACACUGAGGGGCAUAGAUUAUACCUAAAAAUAAGAACUUGACGUUUUUUUCCUUGGCAAUGAUGUUUUAAUUUUGCAUAAGUCUUAGUUUCCAGUUUGUGGGAUUAUCAUUUUUAAAUGCAUUGCAGGAAAACUCUCUUGGCCAGAAGGGAGUGUAAAACAGUUCAGACACACCACAGAUAUAACCCUGGGUAACAGUCAUUCAGUGUUCUUAAGAAGAAAAUUCCAGAUCCUAGGGUUGUUGGGCUUUAAACUACUUAAAAUUUCUCUCUGGAACUAUAUUU